AUUCGACUCGCGGUGUAAGACGCCCGUGCUUGCACAGUUCGAAAAAAAUUUUGGUGUUCGGAUUUAAAAUUUUUUGACAAAAAUGUCCCGAAGAUUAACGAAACGGUAUCUCACGCCAGCGGACGAUUACCGCUGUCCCCUGCCCGAUGAGACCCAGAGAAUCGCCCAGGAGCAGCUGCGGGAGACUGAGAACUCCAGGUCACAAGCACUAGCUUCCCUGAGGAGCUGGAUGGAACAGAACCCCAAGUUCUUGGCUGUCAGACUCGAUGCAAGCUUCCUGCUCCGAUUUCUGCGUGCCAAGAAGUUCAGCGUGCCGAUGGUCCAGGAAGCCAUCGAGAGGUACAUCCUCUUGAGGCAGUCAUGGGGUAUCGCAUUCAACCAGCUCGAUUAUAAACUACCCACCAUGAUGGAGCUUAUUGACCUGGGGUACAUUUUCGUGAGCCCAUUCAAAGAUAGGGGAGGCCGUCGCGUUGUCGUGUAUAGGCCUGGCGUAUUCGAUCCAUACAAAUACACAAACCAGGACAUGUGCCGCGUCAUGGGCAUAUGCUACGAGACACUGAUGGAAGACGAGGAGACCCAGGUCCGAGGGCUAGUACAUUUUGCCGACGGCAGCGGAGUCAGUUUCCCCCACCUCACCCUCUUCACACCUAAAGAAGCAGUGCGGAUCGUGAAGAAUGGAGAGAGAACAAUCCCAAUGAGACACAAAGAGAUCUACGGCGUAAAUGUACACCCGACGAUAAAAUUCGCUUUGGACUUCGGUAUGGCCCUCAUAUCUGACAAGAUAAGGAAAAGAGUGCGACUAUACAGCGCGGCAGAAGAUGUGGAAAUCGAGAAGAGAUUACUGCCGAAAGAAUACGGCGGAGUCAUGCCGAUGAAGGAGAUGAUAGAAUUAUGGAAAGAAGAGUUGGCGCGCAAAAGGGACAUUUUGUUGUUGAACGACAAAAUGGCCGUCCGAUUGGAGAUGUACUCGGAAGCGGCGCGAGAAGGCGCUGUGUCAGCACUCCGAGCCGGCGUGAAGACAUGCGCGGGCGCAGACGCCGUCGGAGAUGCUAUGCGAGGACUCACAGGAAAUUUCAGAAAGCUUGAAGUUGAUUAGAGACUGAAUUUUAUUUAGAUGUCUUUAAAUAGGGUGUUUCUCGUGGUGUACAUGAAUUAGGUUCGUGUAUUUAUGUAAUUAAGUAUCGACGUCGCUUUGUUGGUACGAGUAGGGACGUCAUGGACGAUAAUACAUUUGAAAUCAAUCAGAUAAAUUUGUAAAAAAAUAUGUUUAAUUCCACUGAAUUACCCCAUUUUUUGCAACAUUGUAUUAAUUCCGACUGGUAGCUGAUAUCUAGUAAAUCAAUUAUGUAUUUAGAAAUAAACAGGCAUAGGUCCUGCAGUGAGAUGUAAAUUCUCUCAAUUAAAGCUACACAUACACAAACAUUAUUAUACGUAUAAAGUAACUAUGAUGUUCCAAUAUUCUGUUAAACGAGAUCAGAUGAAAUGUGUGAUAUUUAAGUUCAUCUGCUUGUAAUGAUAAGGAUUCCCGCCUUGUUACCGUUAAAAACAUAAUGUGUACGUUAUUUGUACUGGGUAAUCAUUUGAUUAUUUUAAGAAUCGUUGCUAUUCAUUAUAGCUAUAGCAACAAUCAGUAAUAGAGUAAUUACUUAUUUGUAAGUGGCAAAAUAAAUAUUACGAAGUACAUUGACUUGUAUUUCGGGGACAAUUAAUAUUUAAGAUAAAUUGUUAAUGUACAUAAUCUCA